UUCACAACCACAAAUUCUUCAGAACGUGCCUGACUAUUAUUUCAUUCGGUCACGAUCUGAAGGUUGCUACCAAGUUCCUGAAUAUACACAAUGGUGACUUUAUUUUGCCACAUGUCACAGGUCAGCACAGAUUUAUUACAGGACUGAUGAUUUGGACUACACUAUUUUUUAUCUGCUGAACAUAAUAGCCUUGUAUCUCAGCAUCCACUUAAAUAUGACCAUUUACAUUCGCAAAGCAUUAACAAAUACAUAUGCUAUGAAGUUGAUAUAAAACAAGGAAUCAAGGCAAUCAUAACAAAUCACAAGAAAUAAAGCAGGUGAUGUACAUGGAGACGAACAUGUUCGCCUGACCGUUUGCUCUUCAUACACGUGUGGAGCUCCUCAGAUAAGCUUGUUAAACUCGUAUAUCACAUUAGGAGAGACGAAUUUUUUUUCCCUUUGUAAAUUCAAUCCCACGUCUCCAAGGGCGACAAAGAAAAAUCUGAUGAUGGCAUUAUAUGGUAUUAUUGAAUUCCAUUAUGCGAUGUGUUCGUGACCUGCCCAUCCUGUCUGUAGGAGGGGGCUACUGACGCGCUGGCAGCUGGGAUCACAUAAAAGGUGGAUUGAGCGCUCGUUCCAUCCGAACCGCUGCAUGACACACCAAGCAACUCCUGCUGCCAACUUCAGAGUGGAACACACGGCAGGACAAGUGCAUUAAAGAUGCAGAGGUGUUUCGGGUUUUUCUGCGCGUCGCUCAUCUUCUGCGCAACUUUUUCUGAGACCGUCGGGUUGGUCAUUGCGGCCAAGGAGAAACGUGGCUGGACCCUGAACAGUGCUGGCUACCUGUUAGGUCCCCGUCGUAUUGAUCACCUAAUUCAGAUAAAGGAUUCACCCAGUGCCAGAGGCAGAGACGAGCUGGUCACUCAAUAUGGAAUAGAUGGACACAGGACACUAGGAGACAAACCGGGUCUUGCUGGCAAGAGGGACAUGGGCCAAGAGGAGGACUUCAGAACAGGUGCCUUGAGAAUAGCAGAUGGAGACAUCAUCCACACUGUCAUUGACUUUCUGUCAUACCUCAAACUUAAAGAGAUUGGAGCCUUGGACAGCCUGCCUUCCUCUGUGACGUCAGAUGAAUUGGCCAAUCCCUAAUGCCGUCGUCUCUGAGCAGUUCAUCUCCUUCUUCUCAAGUCUGUGUUUGUGCUGUCUUGACCACCAUUGCCCAAAAUGUCACUUAUUGAACAUCCAUUCACACUCUGACUGUAAUUUGUCCCGGCACCAAAGAUCUGGCUUCAUCCCGACAGAUGACAGAGUCUGAUUGUCCCCAAUACAAAUUUCCAAUCUUUUGUCUUUUGUAAAUAAAACCUGAAAAUUAGAUGGAGAAUCUAAGUGGAUGUAGGUAACAGGGACGUCCAUUCAGAAUCCAACACUGUAUCACCAUCUCAAUAUACUGUCAUCUCAUUUAAGAGAAUGGAGUGAAUAAACUGAAAAUUGAAAUGGCACUGGA